CUACUUUAAGCAUUUUGAAGCCAAACAUCAUUAGUUGGACAGUUUAUAAUGCACUAGAGGAAGGGUGUUGUUUUAAUAUUUUUAUUUUAAUAUGGUUUUUUGCUUUAAUGCGUCUUUACUACAAAACACUUUCAAUUUUAGUAUGUUCUGUUUUGUUUCUAAUUUGUAUAUACUCACUUGUUAUUGAAUUGCAAAGGAAUUACUCUGAUGGCUCAUCAUUCCCAAAAGAACAUCUCUCAAUUCAUAAUAAUGAAGAAUAUAAUGUGUGGUGUAUUUUUACUAAAGUUCGCACACAUAAAGUCAUUAAGGAAAGAUUUAAUAGAAUGCUUUUUUCUCUUCUCAACACCACUUCAUCUGUGAUAACACUGAAUCUCAUCACUGACAGUUCAAGUAGAAUAGUUGCCAAAGAUAUUAUAUUGAAUUUAAAGAAUUCUACUGGAAAAGAUCUGAAGGUGUCAUUUCAUGAUGUUAAUGUGAUAACUAAUAAGAUUGGAAAUGUUGUAUAUUUAAUGCGAAAAUACUUCAGUUCUCAACCUGGAGCUUAUUACAGUGACCCAUUGUUUUUUGUUUCUUUGGUUCUUCACAAGAUUGCUUUUACUCAGCAUAAAGUAAUAUUAAUUGAUGUGGAUACACUGAUAAAAGUUGAUAUUGUGGAACUUUUCAAUGAAUUUUCUAAGUUUUCAAAUGAGAGUAUCAUAGGCAUUGCUCCAGAAUUGAGUCCUGUAUAUCAUCAUAUUUUGUACAGAUAUAGGCAACAGCAUAAAAAUACAAAGUUAGGCGUAGCUCAUUCAGAAGGUGGCUUUCCUGGGGUGAAUUCAGGAGUGCUUGCUCUGGACUUAGAUCGACUAAGAUCAUCAAAACUGUUUGAAGAACUCCUGACAGAAAAAUCCCUUGACAGAUUGACAAAAAAAUAUUUUUUUAAGGGUCAUUUAGGUGAUCAAGACUUUUACACCUUAAUCGGGCUCGAACAUCUUGAAUUGUUGCAUCUGCUUGAUUGUGGAUGGAACAGACAACUAUGCACAUGGUGGAGUAAACAUGGAUAUUCAGAAACAUUUCAUAAAUUUUUUUCAUGUCCUUCUCCUAUUAAAAUAUAUCAUGGGAACUGUAAUACUGACAUUCUUAGCUAGCAAGUAGCCAAUCAAUAUUCUGUGAUAGUGAAAUUUCUACUGAUCCCUUAAUUAGAAAGCUAUAGAAAUGUAUGAUUCCUUGGAAUACUGAUCUA